CAUGUCAAAAAUCACACUUACCCCACUUACCUGACACUUUGACAGACCUUGCAGUUCGCGGCGGACAUUCUUCGUGGUUUCGUGAUUCUUUCGAUUGUGUGAAAAUCCACCCAUAAAAGCUAAAUGAAGUCAUUCAACUGAUCGUACCGCAUCAAUACUCAUCCAACGUAUUCUACCUUUUCUUCGAUUACAUAAUUUCCGAUAUUCCGACUUGCGAACGAAAGAAUCAUGUCUUUUGCACUGAGAAGCACCGCUCGUCUGGUCAGCUCGGUCCGCCCGGCAUUGCGAACCGCACCGGUUCGCGGUUAUGCUGACGAGAUGGCUUUCACCCUGGCCGCCGCCAACAAAGUCUUCUAUGAUUCGGCCAACAUCCGGCAGGUCGAUGUGCCGUCGUUUAGCGGUGCUUUCGGUAUUCUGCCGAAACAUGUACCCACUCUUGCCGUACUUAAACCGGGCGUGGUGACCGUGUACGAGCAGGAUGGUGCCGUCAAGAAGGUGUUCGUUUCGAGCGGAACCAUUUCGGUGAACGAAGAUUCCUCCGUUCAAGUGUUGGCCGAAGAGGCUCACCCGGUUGAAGAUCUGGAUGCUAGCGCAUGCCGGGAAAUUCUAUCCAACGCCCAGAGCAAACUUUCGUCCGCUUCGACUGAUGUGGAACGUGCCGAAGCUGCUAUCGCUGUGGAAGUGGCCGAAGCGCUUGUAAAAGCUGCCGAAUAAGUGCUAGUACUAACUGCCCAGCUAUUACCUGUAGAUUUGUUCCCUUAUGUGCAAACAACCAAUUUCGUUCGAUUAUUAUGGACAAUUCGAAGAAAGGAGUAAAGUCAAUAAAUUAAAGCAAAGUCAAACAGCGAGUUUAGAACACUA